GCAAGUUAGUGUGCCCGUGUUAUGUGUCAGCCCAGGCGGUAUUGACAAUAGGCUGAGAGGAAGCAGCAUCCAGGACCUAAUGGUGGAAUGUCAUAUCGCCACACGCCAUCGCUUCUACACAGCAGCGUGUUGUUGUUGAUGGGACUUUGAGGGACGCGGGAGCUGACUUUGGCUGCCGGAGGCCGACAUUGCGCCGCUGUUUCCGCCGCUGCUCGCACCGAGCUGGAGGUAGCCCCCCCCCCCCCCCGCACUUAGCUUCCCAAACAUAGGAUAACUCCUAACCGCCGUCUCCGUUGCGACCAGCAGAGGAUCAAGGUAAAGUACCUCCAUUGGAGCGGGACUGUGGGACGGUGCGUGUCCAGCCCAUCGCCCGGUCAGUCUGUCGGCUCUCGCUAGCAGCAUUAGCACUGCCUGUGUAUUUUCGCCUGGGAUGAUGGGUGAUCGCCCGAACCCGCCCAGCAGGGCUAUGUCCUCGGCAGCCACCACACCUCCAUCUGUGGACAAAGUGGACGGAUUUUCCCGGAAGUCUGUCAGGAAGGCCAAGCAGAAGCGGUCACAGAGUUCGUCCCAGUUCCGCUCUCAGGGCAAACCCAUCGAGCUCACACCUUUGCCGCUGCUAAAGGACGUACCGGCCCCGGAGCAGCCUGAGCUGUUCCUCAAGAAGCUGCAGCAGUGCUGUACGGUCUUUGACUUCAUGGACACGUUGUCAGACCUCAAGAUGAAGGAGUACAAGCGGUCCACACUCAACGAGCUGGUGGACUACGUGACCGUCAGCCGGGGCUACCUGACAGAGCAGGCCUACCCUGAAGUCGUCAAAAUGGUGUCUCACAACAUAUUCCGGACCCUUCCGCCCAGCGACAGUAACGAGUUUGACCCGGAGGAGGACGAGCCCACGCUCGAGGCCUCCUGGCCUCACUUACAGUUGGUAUACGAGUUCUUCAUCCGCUUCUUGGAAAGUCAGGAGUUCCAGCCCAGCAUUGCCAAAAAGUACAUUGACCAGAAGUUUGUCCUCCAGCUCCUGGAGCUGUUCGACAGUGAGGAUCCUCGGGAGAGAGACUACCUGAAAACCGUCUUGCAUAGAAUCUACGGCAAAUUCCUGGGGCUGAGGGCUUUUAUACGAAAACAGAUCAAUAAUAUUUUUCUACGUUUUGUUUAUGAGACGGAGCACUUCAACGGGGUGGCUGAGUUGCUGGAGAUCCUGGGCAGUAUAAUCAACGGCUUCGCUUUGCCGCUGAAGGCGGAGCACAAACAGUUUCUGGUCAAAGUGUUGAUCCCGCUCCACACGGUCCGCAGCCUGUCGCUCUUCCACGCACAGUUGGCGUAUUGCAUUGUACAGUUCCUAGAGAAAGACCCGACAUUAACAGAACCAGUCAUCAGAGGCUUGCUGAAGUUCUGGCCUAAAACCUGCAGUCAAAAAGAAGUGAUGUUUCUAGGCGAGCUGGAGGAGAUCCUGGACGUCAUAGAACCUACACAGUUUGUCAAGAUCCAGGAGCCGCUCUUCAAACAGAUCUCCAGAUGCGUCUCCAGCCCACACUUCCAGGUGGCCGAGCGAGCGCUGUACUACUGGAACAACGAGUACAUCAUGAGUCUGAUCGAGGAGAACUCCAGCGUCAUCCUGCCCAUCAUGUUCGCCAACCUCUAUCGCAUCUCCAAAGAACACUGGAACCCGGCCAUCGUGGCGCUGGUCUACAACGUCCUGAAGGCGUUCAUGGAGAUGAACAGUACUUUAUUCGAUGAACUCACAACCACUUACAAGUCAGACCGCCAGCGCGAGAAGAAGAAGGAGAAGGAGCGCGAGGAGCUGUGGAAGAAGCUGGAGGACUUGGAGCUGAAGCGAGGCCUUAGGAGCGACGGCAUCAUCCCGACUUAACGAAGACGGCGCCGAACAACCCCCUCAUGCCCCGCCCCCUCUCCUCUCACCCCCUCCCCCCUACAGCCCCUCCCCCCCUCACAUCAGCCAUGUCUGCCCAGAGCUCCAAAAAGAGGUUCCCUGCUGAAGUCCAUCCUGUGUGGAUCCAUACGGAGCACCCGCUGGUCUGGUCUUUGUUUUUUCUUUCUUUCUUCUCCUCUUUCUUUUCUUUCUCCUCCUGUGUUUGUGCCACUUGCUUUACAGUAGAUUCAUCACGUCUCUUCUCACUCUUUCAACACUGUAAAUAAUUUUUUUGGUUCCUUUUUUUUUUUUUUUUUUUCCCCCCCCCUCAAACUGCUAUUGUUGCAAACGGACGGGAGAAAAACUAAACAAUAACAAUAAAACAAACAAACAAAACAAACAAAAAAAAGGACGAAAAAAUAGAAAAUGAGAAAAUGACUUGUGUGGGCGGGGCUUUAAAACUGACCAACAUUGGGACGUGGAACGGAGCCAAGAUAGUUUGAUUUUGUCCGCACUCGUCUUCAUCGCCGUCUCCUCCUUUUGGUUCCUGUUGGACUUCUUUCGUUGACUCCUCCCCCUCAACCACAAACAGGAAGUGAACGCCGCCGAAACACUACAGCUCGUCUUUGAGUGCGUCUACACGCGUGUUCGCACGCGCGCUGUCCGGCGGCAGUUACGUCGCCCCCUAGUGGCGCCAAGUACCUGUGCACCUGCUCGCUAUGAAAGCUUUCCUCUGGAAUCGAACUCCAACCAGAAGCGCCGUGAACACCAGUGGCCGACAAUCCUCGUGUCGUAGCUCUCAGUCCUGCCUGCGCACAAGCACUCAUCUACUCACACGGCCCCGUUCCUGGGCGGAUCUCGCGCGAGACGAAGAGGUACCGUCUGCUGAAAAUGAUGGAAAGCGCCACUCCGCAUAGCAACUGAUGCGGUGGUCAAAGUUGGAAUUGCCACAAAACACAUUUUAAGGCAUUUGACACUCUAAUGCCAUCCGGUGGCUAAAGUGGAGAGUGCACCACCCCAAAUUUGUCACGUUUCAGGUGUCAGGUUGACCCUGUGGUCAAAGUUGGAAUUGCCACAAAACACAUCUUAAGGCAUUCAACACUCUACUGCCAUCCGGUGGCUAAAGUAGAGAGUGCACCCCCCUGAAUUUGUCACGUUUUAAGUGUCAGGUUGACGCUGUGGUCAAAGUUGGACUUGCCCCAUAACACACUUUAAGGCAUUUGACACUGUACUGCCGUCCGAUGGUUAAAGUAGAGAUUGCACCCGCCCUGAAUUUGUCACGUUUUAAGUGUCAGGUUGACGCUGUGGUCAAAGUUGGAAUUGCCACAAAACACAUCUGAAGGCAUUCAACACUCUACUGCCAUCCGGUGGCUAAAGUGAAGAGUGCGCUCCCAUAAAUUUGUCACGUUUCAGGUGUCAGGUGGUCGAACUUGGAAUUGCCACAAAACACAUCUGAAGGCAUUCAACACUCUACUGCCGUUCGGUGGCUAAAGUGAAGAGUGCGCUCCCCCUAAAUUUGUCACGUUUCAGGUGUCAGGUUGACGCUGUGGUCAAAAUUGGAAUUGCCCCAUAAUACAUUUUAAGGCAUUCAACACUCUACUGCCGUCCGGUGGCUAAAGUGGAGAGUGUACUCCCAUAAAUUUGUCACGUUUCAGGUGUCAGGUUGACGCUGUGGUCGAACUUGGAAUUGCCACAAAACACAUCUGAAGGCAUUCAACACUCUACUGCCGCCCGGUGGCUAAAGUGGAUAGUGCACUCCCUCCAAAUUUGUCACGUUUCAGGUGUCAGGUUGACGCUGUGGUCAAAAUUGGAAUUACCCCAUAAUACAUUUUAAGGCAUUCAACACUCUACUGCCCUCCGGUGGCUAAAGUGGAGAGUGUACUCCCAUAUAUUUGUCACGUUUCAGGUGUCAGGUUGACGCUGUGGUCGAACUCGGAAUUGCCACAAAACACAUCUGAAGGCAUUCAACACUCUACUGCCAUCCGGUGGCUAAAGUGGAGAGUGCGCUCCCCCCCAAAUGUGUCACGUUUCAGGUGUCAGGUUGACGCUUUGGUCGAAUUUGGAAUUGCCACAAAACACAUCUGAAGGCAUUUGACACUCUACUACCUUCCGAUGGCUAAUAGUGCACCCCUUCUGAAUUUGUCACGUUUUAAGUGUCAGGUUGACACUGUGGUCAUAGUUGGAAUUGCCCCAUAACACAUUUUAAGACAUUUGACACUCUACUGCCGUCCGAUGGCUAAAGUGGAGAGUGCACCCCCCAUGAAUUUGUCACGUUUUAAGUGUCAGGGUGACGCUGUGGUCAAAGUUGGAAUUGCCACAAAACAACAUUUUAAGGCAUACAACACCCUACUGCCGCCCGGUGGCUAAAGUGGAGAGUGCACCCCCGCAAAUUUGUCACGUUUCAGGUGUCAGGUUGACGCUGUGGUCGAACUUGGAAUUGCCACAAAACACAUUUUAAGGCAGUCAACACUCUACUGCCGUCCGGUGGCUAAAGUGGAGAGUGCACCCCACCUGAAUUUGUCACGUUUUAAGUGUCAGGCUGACACUGUGGUCAAAGUUGGAACUGCCACAAAACCCAUCUUAAGGCAUUCAGCACUCUACUGCCGUCCGGGGUCUAAGGUAGAGAGUGCACCUUCCCCAAAUUUGUCCCGUUUCAGGUGUCAGGUUGACGCUGUGGUCAAAGUUGGAAUUGCCACACAACACAUCUUAAGGCAUUUGACACUCUACUGCCAUCCGGUGGCCAAAGUGGAUAGUGCACUCCCUCCCAAAUUUGUCACCUUUCAGGUGUCAGGUAAACUGUGACCAAAGGGGCCAUAGGAAUUCCCUUACUACUGUAGGAGAACUUAAAUCCCACAAUCCUCGUCUACGUGGUCCUGUUAAGUCACCCCGGAAAGUAUUCACAGCGCCUCACUUUUCCCACAUUGUGUUAUGUUACAGCCCUUUUCCCAAAUGAAGUACGCACAUUUUAUGUCCUCAAAAUGCUGCACAUAAUGACAAUGUGAAACUUUUUUUUUUUUAAUUAUGCAAACUUUUUGAAAACAGAAAAAAAAUCAAAUGUUCAUGUGCUUAAAUGAUUUUUUUGAAAAUUAUGUUUAAUUCAUUUGCUAAAAAAAAAAUGUUGCAUGUUGUCAUUAUGGGAUAUUGUGUGGAGAAUUUUGAGGACAAAAAUGAAUUUAUUCCAUAAGUCUGUAACAUAACAAAAUGUGGAAAAAGUGACGCGCCGUGAAUACUUUCCCAGAUGCGCUGUGUGUGCAGCGAGCGUUAGCAUCCACUUCGAG